CUUGAUACAUAGAAUUUCAUAUCAUUUGGUUUUCAUUAUUUCUUUUAUUGUUAUACAAAUUCACAGUUACGUUCUAUUGUUAAUUGUGUCUGAUUUUUACGAAGGCUAGAGAUACUAAAGCACGUACAACUGCGUUAUGGAAUCGUAACAAAUUGUAAAAUUGUCUUCCCUUCGAUAACGUAAUAGUUUUCAUUUAGAGCAUACUAUAUAUUUCCGGUUUGAUAGGAGCUACGGCACGUGUGCGUCAUGCGGUUUUGAGUUCAAUUAUUUUUACUGAGUUUUGCCAAAGUGGUUUGCAUUUAGGCUUUACGAUAAUCAAGUACGCGUAAUUUUUUGGAAUACACGUUGUGUGAAAAGUUAAGAAAAUGGAAAAUGGUCAAGAAGAGAUUAAAACUGAGAGUGUGAGUAAUGAUGCCACCAAUGAGGUUAAGAACGAGAAGCCGGUUUCUAAGGUCGAAGAAAAUGAUGCGAAAGAAACAUCAGUAUCUGAAGAGCCUUCUAGUGAGCUUCUAACAAAAAUAAAGAAUCAAAUCGAGUUUUACUUUGGUGAUGUAAACAUGCAAAGAGACAAAUUUCUUAUUCACCAAACAAAAUUGGACGAAGGUUGGGUACCUAUGUCUGUUAUGUUAAAGUUUAAAAUGUUGGCUUCUAUGAGUCAGGAUGUUGAUGUUAUUUUGAAAGCCUUGGAAUCAAGUGAACUUAUAGAAGUAUCAGAGGACAAAAAAAAGAUUCGUCGUUCCUUGAAACAUCCUUUGCCAGACUAUAACGUAGAAUAUAGGAAGGCACAAGAAGCCAGAACAGCUUACGUAAAGGGAUUUCCUCUGAAGAAUAUGACUAUGGAGAAGUUGAAAACUUUUUUCAAUGCUUAUGAGCCUUAUGAAACUAUCAUUAUGAGAAAGUAUUCGGAUAAAGACAAAAAAUUACAGUUUAAAGGAUCCAUUUUUAUACAAUUUAAGACUCUGGAUGAUGCAAAAGCUUUUAUGGAUAGGGGGCCUAUAAAGUAUGAAGAGACUGAAUUAAUUAAAAAGUGGUCCUAUGAUUACACUAUGGGAAAGUUAAAGGAGAAAGAAGAUAGAAGGCAAAAGAGAUCUGAUAUGAAAACAAAAAAAAAUGACACAGUAAAAGAAAAAGAUGAUGAAGAGAGUGGAGCAGAGGAUGAUGGUGAAAAGACAUCCCUACCGAAAGGUAGUGUUAUUCAUUUCUGCAAUGUACCUGAAAAAUGUACAAGGGAGGAUAUUAAGAACCGCGUAGGUGAAUUGGAUUCCAAUAUUGCGUUCGUCGAGUUUAAGAUUGGCGACGAGGAAGGGUGGAUUCGUUUUCAAGGGGAGAACGCUGCAAAGUCCGUCUUCGAUAAAAUGGAAGACGGCAAAUUAUUAAUUUGUGACGAAGAAGUUACCUUCCGUGUUCUCGAGGGUGAAGAAGAAGAGACGUACCUCACAAAAGCAAAAGAAAAGAUGGGUUCCAUUAGGCAGAAGUACUCCAAACCAAAACGUCAAGGCAAAAGGGGCCGCAAUGGACAACGGGGUCAAAGGAAAAGGCGUGGCAGCGAUAACGAUGAUGCUGCUCCUGCUAAAAAAGUGGCUGUCGAAUAAUUCGACAAAUAUAUUUAAUUUUAAAAAGCCAAAACAAUUCCAUACUUACCCUUCUACUAUGUAUAUUAAUCAUAUUUUUAUUAAGCGGACACUUGUGUAUAGAAUAUACAGACGCAUCCUUAUUUACGACGAUUCAUUUUGCAACGGUCCGCAUGUAUGACAUUUUUCAAUUUGACAUUUCCGUAUGUUUUUCGUUUUAAUAGAAUGAAUGUUUUUAGGUUAGAAUGUCUUUAAAAUGUGUCCUGAGAACAUAGGCGAGCGAGUAAAGAACGAUUAUUUUUAUUUAUUUAAUUGUAUUAAUAUUAACACUUUAACGGCCAAACUUGUACGCAGUAACGGUAACAUCACACACAUGUAGUGUGAGCGGCCGUUAAAGUAUUAACGACGUUUAAUUUAAUGUAACUUUUGUGUAAUUUAGAAGUAAAAACUGUACUUACCGCUUUGCGAAGAUUCUCAUUUGAUGUCAGCGUCGCAGAAUUGAACCUGUCGUAAGUUUGUGAUACAUUUGUAAAAGAUAGAUAUUACACUUGAAGUAGAUAUCUACUUUAAAUGCAUAUUUUUCUGUUAUACUUGAGCAGUGUAUUAUUUAAAAAAUGAAAUAAAUAACACUGUUUAUA